AAGUAGAGAUGAGAAUUCAAACUUAAAGCAAAAUUUAGAUUCAAUAGAAAUCAAUAUAAAUAGUGAUCCAAAAGAAGAAUCUUUUACUAUUACUAUCUUAAAAAAAUCUAGUAAUAAGACAAAAAAGAAAGAUAAAGUCAUUCUAAAUCAACUAGAUUAUCAAGAAAAAAAACCUUUCUUCUGA